CGGGACUUUGGCUUGGCUCGCCAUUUAGCAACAAGGGCCCCGGAAGAGUCGCAGCUCGGGAGAACAUGUGCUCUGAUGAUUAUUUGUGGCAUUUCCCAGAUGGUGACACAUCAGGACGCACAGCUCCUCACCUCCACGCGCGCCUCCUCCCUGUCCUGUCUGUCCUCUACCAACACAGCUGGGAAGUUUAUUUUCGUGGCUGAAGGUGUACGAUGAACGGACACCGGCUCCGCCGUUUGGUCAUUUACGCGUUUAAAGACAAUUUAACAGAGAAUGAGGGGGAAAGAAAUCCGAUUCUUCUCCUCAGACUUCAGUUCUUAUUCUUCUGACCGGAGCGUAUGAUUCAUCGGGAGAAAAGGCAACUUUCAUGUUGGGCAUCUAUCAUCUGCGGGUGACGUAAAGCGACUUAGAAAGUUAUGGAGCGCUCCGGCCAAGUCGAACCGACCCAACUGGUGAACACCACGAACGACAGCUUCACCGCGGAUUCAGUCACAGUGGAUGAUAACACGGAGAGUCUCGCCUAUCAAAUCAGCCUGGCGGCGAUUUUAUCCGUCAUCACACUCGCCACCACGCUGUCCAACGCCUUCGUCAUCGCCACCAUCUCCCAGUCGAAGAAGCUGCAAACUCCUGCCAACUUUCUCAUCGCAUCACUCGCCGUCACCGACCUGCUCGUGUCGAUCCUGGUGAUGCCCAUCUGCGUCCUCUACACCGUCAUCCACACCUGGACGCUGGGGCAGAUAGUGUGCGACGUGUGGCUCUCCUCUGACAUAACGUGUUGCACCGCGUCCAUCCUGCACCUGUGCGUAAUCGCCCUGGACCGGUACUGGGCCAUCACGGACGCGGUGGAGUACUCCAAGAAGCGCACGCCCGGACGCGCAGCCGGCAUGGUGGCCACCGCCUGGGUCAUCGCCAUCUCCAUCUCCCUGCCGCCUCUGUUCUGGAGGCAGGUGAAGGCGGAGGAGCUGACCAGCUGCGGCGUCAACACGGAUCACAUCUUCUACACCAUCUACUCCACCUUCGGGGCUUUCUACAUCCCCACGCUGCUGCUCAUCGUCCUCUACGGGCGGAUUUACGUCGAGGCUCGAAAGCGGAUUCUCAAGCAGUCCCCCAAAAAGGUGGGGAAGCGGCUCACCUCCGCGCACCUGGUCACCAACUCCCCCGGAUCCACAGCCUCGCUGCAGUGCGGGAGGCACGACACGCCGUCCAGCGACACCGGGUCGUCGACGAGCGAGAACCAGGUGAAGGUGACGGUGUCGGACGCGCUCCUGGAGAAGAAGCGCAUUUCGGCAGCGAGGGAGCGGAAAGCCACAAAGACUCUGGGGAUAAUCCUCGGCGCGUACAUCGUGUGCUGGCUGCCGUUUUUCAUAUAUACACUUCUGGUGGCCACGUGCGACACAUGUUUAAACCCCGAGCUAUUUGACUUCUUCACCUGGUUGGGAUACCUGAACUCGCUCAUCAACCCCAUCAUAUACACCAUGUCCAACGAGGACUUCAAAAAAGCCUUCCACAAACUUCUGCGCCUCAGAUGCUGCAGAGUGUGAACACAAUGUUGAUCCAUUCUCAAAUGAAAAUGAUCUAUGUAUUUAUUUUUUCAUCUCAAAUAAAAAGCGAGUAUUACGAAUGCCAGAUAACUUCUGUGAUGCGUAUUAUAGCAAACUAAACUGUGCAUGAUCCUGAACAAUGAACCAUUCGUUUUUGUCUGACGUGGAGAGAAAAGACGCAGCGUAAUUGUAGGUUUAAACAACAAUCACCACCAUGUAUUGUUUCGUUCACGACGCCGUGUCACAGCCCACGAUCGGCGUUCGUCGCUGGGACUGAGUGCUCCAUUCGAAACUAAAUGUAACGCUGACAGCCGAACCUGUAAAGUCCACGUUUUGGCUGCGUAAAAGGAGCCGUAAUUUAUGGGCGCGACGACUUUACGCACCCCACGGAACCACGUGGUGCUUUUUACCAGCGCUUUAUUCGCAUGUUAACUUUAUUUCUGGAGUCUAACGUGCUCCGCGUGGAGUCCACGAAGUGCGUCAAACCCACACAGUGCUUUAUUCCCAUCAGGCACCACGGACAUCUGACGUCAUUUAUGAAGACCAAAUAAAAACGUUUGGCCAAAUGACCCAGAAUCCUCUUUGCUUUGUGUGUACAGAUGUGGCAAUUUGACAUUUAAACCCUCACAGAACAGCGGGCUGCUGCUACACACGUGUAGCUUCGAAUAAAAGAGUCAGAGUCUACUGGUGCUGGGAGUCGUACUGUACCAGUGUCAAACAAAGAAACUGUAUCUGAUAUUUACCCAGCGACGCAGGUGAUAAGUUCAAUUUUAGUGAACAAACAUCACCUUGUUGUACUUUGUGUGCGGGUCUGUUUGCUGCUGCAUUAAAUAUGUAUCUAUCCACAGUAUGUCCUGUUGCUGUGUGGAAUGGUUGGCACCUCACGGCAGGGGAGACCCAACGGCUGCUCCGGGCCGGAGGCCGGGCCUCGGAGCUGCCGACGCAGCGCCGAGGGUUCGUCAGCGGGAUGCGGAACAAAGCGCGCCGCUCCGGGAGCGUCUUUGUUCGCAUCCAGAGAGAAUGUGCAAUAAAGGCGAUUGGGCACAAGUGCUCCGUGACCGAGGCUUUUCACGCGGUCCGAAGGGGUCCGUGACUCCGAAUCAGCCGUAAACGCUGUGUUUCCUCCAAACUCGAAAGCAGCAGAUGAUGUGACAGCUUGCAGCUUCAUCACUUUCUAACGGUGUUACCUUGAAAUUUAAUAAAAGAUUAUGGCUC